AUGUCAAAAAGCGACACGGUCCAAGCCGACGCGCGCCGAUUCCUCGACGAGCGCGGGUCGACCGCGGCCCUCGCCCCAAACGGCCUCAACCCGGCGACCAUAAUGGAAAAGGCCGUCAAGGACCGCAUCGUCGAGUCCUACUUCUACAAGGAGCAGUGCUUCGCCCUCAACGAGGCCGACAUUGUCGACCGCGUCGUCGAGCACGUCAGCUUCGUGGGCGGCACGCACGGCGACGCCCAGAAGCCCAGCCCGUUCCUGUGCCUCGCCUUCAAGCUCCUCGAGCUGGGGCCCUCCGAGGACGUCGUGCGCGAGUACCUCUCCUACGGCGGCGAGCACUUCAAGUACCUGCGCGCGCUGGCCUGCUUCUACUACCGCCUGACGCGCAAGGCGGCCGACGUGUACCGCACGCUGGAGCCCUUCCUCGACGACCGGCGCAAGCUGCGGAGGAAGGGGAGGCGCGGCACCAGCCUGACGUACGUGGACGAUUUUGUCGACGACCUGCUGACCCGCGAGAGGGUCUGCGCCACGAGCCUGUGGAAGAUGCCGCCGCGCGAGAUUCUGGAGGACUUGGACGAGCUGGAGCCCAGGGUCAGCGCGUUGGGCGACUUGGAGGAUAUUCUGGACGAGGAGGACGAGGCCGAGGGGGGCUUGCGGGACGAGGACGCUGAGGAGGGCGAGGUUGGGGGCGAUGUGGAUGUGGAUAGGGAGGAAGGGGGGUUGAGUAGAUCCGGGUCGAGGUCGCCUUGA